AUGGAAAAAGGUUCAAAAUCGUCAAGGAUUUCAAUUCCUGAUAAUACUGAGUUCAAAUUAGAGUCAUUCGUACUUCCAAAUUGUUACCGUGGUGACCUGAAAUCAGUACUAAUACCAAAAGGUCUUAUUAGUGAUCGAAUCAAGUGUCUCGCACGAGAAAUAUUUCAAGUCACCGGUGACAAACCGCUGAUAAUACUUUGUAUUCUGAAAGGUUCAUUUCGGUUUUUUACGGAAUUAGUUGAAGAACUAACUCAUGUUCGAGUGUCCUGCAGACAUCCGCUGGAGGUUGAAUUCAUUCGAGUUAAGAGUUAUACGAAUUCGGAACGUUCUGACACACUGCAAAUAAUUGGUCUUUUGAAUGCAAAACAGCUUGAAAAUAAGAAUGUUGUGAUCGUAGAAGACAUCGUAGAUAGUGGUGCAACGAUGUCACAGCUUCUGAAAACACUAGAGGAAAUGGGUAUAAAGCAGAAAUGGACCGCGAUUUUGCUGUCUAAGAGAUGCAAGAGAGAAUUUGAGGUGCAAGAAGAUUUCGUUGCUUUCGACAUACCGGAUGAAUUCGUCGUGGGAUUUGGAUUAGACUAUAACCAGAAGUUUCGAGAUUUAGGUCAUAUAUGUAUAAUGAGCGAAUCUGGUAUUGAAAGACAUAGAGUGGCAGAGUAG